GAGGCGGUGAGGGAGCAAAGCAGAAGCUGGUCGGCCAGUCAGUCAGUGCUCAAAAGGGGAACCGCAAACGCUACGAGGAAGGGGAGGAGGGAGGGAGAGAGAGAGGCGGCGUGACGUAGCGGGCAUCCGAGCGGAGGGCGCGAGGAGAAGGAGGGGGAGGGGCCGAACCGCGUGCGCGCGCUCAAGAGAGAGAGAGAGAGGGCGAAAGAGAGCGAGGCGCAGAGAGUGACGCUCCGGCUUCCCCCGAUCCGAAUUCCGAGGAUGUGAGCCGAGGAGCCUCAUCAGCUGCAACAACAGCAGGAGGAGGAAGAAGAAGAAGAAGAAGCGGAAGUGGCGGUUGAGACAAGAUGCCGCCCUGAGGCGCCCUUGUGUUGUUGCCAAGCAGCCGCGGCGUGGGUGCCUUGCCUUUCCUUUCCCCCUCAGCCCCGAACACACUCUCUCUCUCCGAGGAAGAGGAAGCCGAAGCGGCGGCUGAAGGGAAGGCAAGGGAAGCGAGGCAAGGAGGGCAGUCCCGGGAAGGCGACGCGUCCUCCUCCCGGCCCUCCCGCUCCUCCUCCGCCAUGUCUUCGGCGCCGGUCUCGUCCUCGCGGCGCCAGUCGUGCUACCUGUGCGACCUCCCUCGGAUGCCGUGGGCCAUGAUCUGGGACUUCACGGAGCCCGUCUGCCGCGGCUGCGUCAACUACGAGGGCGCCGACCGCAUCGAGUUCGUCAUCGAGACGGCGCGGCAGCUCAAGCGGGCCCACGGCUGCUUCCAGGACGGGCGCUCCCCUCCCGUCGCCGCCGGCGUCAAAGCCCUGCCGCUCUCCGCCAAGGAAGCCGCGGCGGUGGCGGCGGCCGUGCAGCAACAGCAGCAGCUUAACCAUGUGGACGCCGCCGCCGCCGUCUCGAAAGCGCCUUCGGGCUUGGAGCGCUACGGGCUGAGCGAGCCUCCGCGAGGGCGUUUCGAGUACCCGCCGCCGCCCCCUCCCCCUCCGCACGCGGCGCGGCUCCCCAACGGCCUGGGCGGCCCCAAUGGCUUCCCUAAAGCCCCCGACGACGGGCCCCCGGAGCUGAACCGCCAGAGCCCCAACUCCUCCUCGUCGUCCUCGUCCGCGUCCUCCUCCCGGCGGGGGACGCACUUGGUGAGCGGCCUGCCUCAAGGAAGCGGCGGGGGCGGCGGCGGGGCCCAGCUCAACGUGCCGCCCAACUUGCUCCCGCAGACGCUGCUCAACGGCCCGGCGGGCUCCGGCGUGGCGCUGCCUCCCCCGCGCGGGCCCGCCACUUCGUCCUCGUCUUCCUCCACCUCUUCCUCCUCCUCCUCGUCGUCGGGGGAUCCCUGCGGGAAGCGGCCCGGCUCGGUGUCGUCGUCCAGCGGCGGCGUGGGCGCGGAGGCGGAGCGGGAGCUGAAGGAGAAGCAGCGCAACGCGGAGGCGCUGUCCGAGCUGGGCGAGAGCCUUCGAAGCCGGGCGGAGGAGUGGUCGGGGAAGCCCAAGCUGGUGCGGGAGACGCUGCUGACGCUGUCGGGCUGCACGCCCUACGAGGUGCGCUUCAAGAAGGACCACGCGCUGCUGGGCCGCGUCUUCGCCUUCGACGCCGUGGCCAAGCCCGGCCUGGACUACGAGCUCAAGCUCUUCGUGGAGUACCCGGCGGGCUCCGGAAGCGUCUUCGCCAGCGCCUCCGGCGUGGCCAAGCAGAUGUACCAGGACUGCAUGAAGGACUUCGGGCGAGGCCUCUCCUCCGGCUUCAAGUACCUCGAGUACGAGAAGAAGCACGGCUCGGGCGACUGGCGCCUCCUGGGGGACCUGCUUCCCGAGUCGGUGCGCUUCUUCAAGGAGCCCGUGGGCGCAGACAUGCUCCCGCAGUCCUUCCUCGACGCCACCUUCCCCAUCCUGCCCUCCGCCUUGGUGGGCAUCCAGAGGGGCGGCGGGGCGCCCUCCAGCCGCGGGCCCGGGGGCUCGGGAGGAGGGGGCGGCGCGGGGGGCGGCCUGCGGAAGAGGAAGGCCUCCCCGGAGCCCUCCGACUCGGCCUCGGAAAGCGGCGGGCUCAAGCUGAGCGAGGAGCAGCAGCGGCAGCAGUGGAUGGCGAGCCAGAGCGAGGCCCUGAAGCUCACCAUGGCAACGGGGGGCUUCCCGCCCCCUCCCCCGCCGCCGCCUCACUCCCUCCGGACCACCCCGCCGGAGUCGGCCCCGCAGAACGGGCAGUCGCCCAUGGCGGCGCUCAUGUCCGUGGCGGACACGCUCGGCAACGCGCACUCGCCCAAGGACGGCAGCUCGGUCCACUCCACGACUUCCUCCUCUUCCUCGUCGUCGUCCUCCUCGUCGUCCUCGUCCACGCGCAGGAACAGCAGCAGCCCGGUUUCACCUGCCUCCGCGCCGGGCCCGCGCCGCCUGGCCUCCCGCAACGGGGAGCUGAGCCUGGCCCCGUCCUCGGCGCCCCCUCCCCCGCCGCCCCCUCCGCCGCCCCCGCCCCCAGGCCUGGACCCCAACCACCCUCCCAACAUCCCCGACUCGCCCAUGGCCAACAGCGGACCCCUGUGCUGCACCAUUUGCCACGAACGCUUGGAGGACACGCACUUCGUGCAGUGCCCCUCGGUGCCCGGGCACAAGUUCUGCUUCCCCUGCUCGAGGGAGAGCAUCAAGGCCCAGGGCGCCACCGGAGAGGUCUACUGCCCCAGCGGGGAGAAGUGCCCCCUGGUGGGCUCCAACGUGCCUUGGGCCUUCAUGCAGGGCGAGAUCGCCACCAUCCUCGCCGGAGACGUCAAAGUCAAAAAGGAGAGGGACCCCUGAGGCGCCCGCCCCCCCAGACCCGCCCCCUCCCCUCCCCCCGAAGAUGUAUUAUUGUGAAUAAUAAUAUCCGAGACUCAAAAAGACAGGCGCCGACGUUUCUGCAAACAGUUUUAGGCUUAUGUAUAGACCUUCCUUUUCGU